CAAUCGCGUAAGCGUUAAUCAAUCCCUUUUGGUCCUCGCUGUGCUCCGUAGCACGCAGUUGACUCAACAACGUGCAAAGAGAGUUGAGAGGACUUUUGGUUUGAACAAUUUUAACAGCAGAGAGCGGUGAGUCAACUCAGUAACAGCCAUGGCAGAAAAUAAAGAGAUGUCUCCAAUUGAGCUUAAAGUGGCUCAACAAAUCGAGUACUACUUCGGGGAUCACAAUCUUCCGAGAGACAAGUUUCUCAAAGAACAACUGACACUUGACGACGGCUGGGUCACUUUAGAGACGAUGCUGAAGUUCAACAGACUGAAGUCUUUGACCUCUGAAAGCAGCGUCAUCGUUGCAGCACUCCAGAAAUCAAAGACUGGCCUCUUGGAAAUCAGCGAGGACAAGACUAAAGUCAGGAGGGCUCUGGACAAACCCUUACCUGAAGUGAAUGAUGAAUACAAAGAUGCACUUAAGCACAAAUCUGUGUACAUUAAAGGUUUUCCUUUAGAAACCACUCUUGAUGAGAUCCAGGAGUGGCUGAAUGGGAAAGGAACCAUAGAGAACAUUCUGAUGAGGAGAAAUUUGCAAAGGCAGUUCAAGGGAUCAGUGUUUAUCUGUUUUGACACAGAAGAGGCGUCGAAGACGUUCCUUGAACGUGAAGACAUCAAAACUUUCAAAGACAAUGAGAUGCUUGUGCUAUCAAGGGAAGCCUACCAUACAAAGAAAGCCGAGGAGAGAAAAAACUCCAAAGCACAGACAAAGGCAAAAGCUAAACAGGACAAGGUGCAACAGCAGAAAAAUGCAGAAGAUAAAGAAAUGGGUGCACUCUUGGAUGAGCAGACUGGUUGCUUGUUGCGGUUCUCAGGAGAGCUUGAAGAUGUUUCAAGAGAGGACUUUCAUGAGUUAUUUUCUGGCCAUGGAAAGAUAAAGUGGGUUGAUUUUACAAGAGGGGCCAAAGAGGGAACGCUCCUUUUCGAUGGAAAUGCAAAGGAAGCGUUUGAUAAGGCCAAAGAGGCAAACGGAGGGGACUUGAAAAUCAAGGACAACAGUGUUGAAUGGCAGGUGCUCGAGGGAGACGAGGAGAAAGAGGAGCUGAAAAAGAUAAUCGAAGCUCAACAGGAAUCAUACAGCAGGAUCAAAGGCAGAGGUGGCAGAGGAAGAUCAGGUGGCAGAGGAAGAGGAGGCCGAAGGGGAAGAGGUGGCAGAGAUCAAGGCAGGAGCCAGUACAGGGGCAAGAAGACGAAAUUUGACAGUGAUGAUGAUGAACCUGCAGCCCCAAAGAGAGAACUAGAGGACGCAGAUGGUCCUGCAGCAAAGGUUGCCAAAACUGAAAAUGGAUCUUAAUCAAAACAUCACACUCAUAGUUUCUCUUUUUUUUUUGAAAACCUUUAUUAUAAACAUUGAAAAGACAGAGGGAACUUAAUCCAUUCCAGUCAAGGUGUCAGGCUGUGGAAAACCGUAAGAAGUCCACCUGAAUGUCAACCUAGAGAAGAUUUGGCAAAGUGUUUCGUCAGUUUUCAGCCUUUUAAGUCCCUGUAUAUUGUUGUGCCUCUGACAUCCGUUGUGUGACUAUUUUUGCUUUCUUAAGAUGCUUUUUAUUUUAACAUAUUCAACAUAAAUCUACUCUUUGACCGUAAUAUAAUUUUGCGUCACCAAAUAGUUGGUUUUGUAAGACCAUUGAUAUUUAGAAUCAGUUUGCCAUUGUGUUUUUUCUUGUAGAUUUCACACAUUGAGUGAUGAGAACUACUUUGCUAUUUUUUUAAGUUUGCAUAUGUGAAUAGCAAAUAAAAUCAUUUA